CGCACUGGUCCUGGAGACAGUCAUACUUUUCCAGCCUUCACACCGGUUAAUAAGCCCCUGUCAGAGAUACAUCAAUUCUGUACCGUGAACACAUCAGCAGUGUGAGGGUUAGUCCCAGCAUCUCUCCAGCUCUUUCCUCUCCUCCGCCACUCAGCGGACCUGCCACGCGUUUUCAGUGUGACCAACAACAAGUCAGCACUUGAUCUGGACAUCUAAAAGCUGACUGUAUUUUUUGAUUUUCGCUUCUUUCUUUUUUUAAAAAAAAUUAUAUAUAUUUUUGGCUUUUAAUGGUACAAUGUCGUCAUUGCCAGGAACUGUUCCGCGUAUGAUGCGCCCGACCCCCGGACAAAACUAUUCCCGCUCCGGAUUCCCUCUGGAAGUGUCCACUCCUCUGGGCCAGGGACGGGUCAACCAGCUCGGGGGCGUCUUCAUCAACGGCCGGCCGCUGCCCAACCACAUCCGACACAAGAUCGUGGAGAUGGCCCAUCACGGGAUCCGGCCCUGUGUCAUCUCCAGGCAGCUGCGGGUCUCCCACGGCUGCGUGUCAAAGAUCCUGUGUCGCUACCAGGAGACGGGCUCCAUCCGACCCGGAGCGAUAGGCGGCAGCAAGCCCAGGCAGGUAGCGACGCCCGACGUGGAGAAGAGGGUAGAGGAGUACAAGCGGGACAACCCUGGUAUGUUCAGCUGGGAGAUCCGGGAUAAGCUGCUGAAAGACGGCGUUUGUGACAGAAGCACAGUCCCUUCAGGUGAGGCCUCCUCUGUGAGCUCGAUCAGUCGUGUACUUCGAGCACGAUUUGGAAAAAAGGACGACGAGGACGAAUGUGAUAAAAAGGAUGAAGACGGAGAAAAGAAAACGAAGCACAGCAUCGACGGCAUCCUCGGCGACAAAGGCAGUCGGAUGGAUGAAGUGUCAGAUGUGGAAUCUGAGCCUGACCUCCCCCUGAAGAGGAAGCAGCGACGGAGUCGAACUACAUUCACAGCAGAGCAGCUGGAGGAGCUGGAGAAAGCUUUUGAAAGAACACAUUACCCCGACAUUUACACCAGGGAGGAGCUGGCACAGAGGACGAAACUCACUGAGGCUAGGGUCCAGGUGUGGUUCAGUAAUCGAAGGGCCAGGUGGCGAAAACAAGCUGGAGCCAGUCAGCUAGCAGCAUUCAACCACCUUCUGCCAGGAGGAUUUCCUCCGACAGGAAUGCCAACACUUCCUACGUACCAGCUGCCAGAGUCCAGCUCAAGCAACUCUCUCUCUCAAGACGGUGGUGGUACAGUUCACCGACCCCAGCCUUUACCUCCAUCCACCAUGCACCAGAGUGGUCUGUCCAGCCCUGACAACAGCUCUGCCUAUGGUCUGACCACCAAUCGCCAUGGCUUCUCCAGCUACUCUGACACCUUCAUGAGCUCUGCAGCACCUAGCAACCAUGUCAACCCUGUCAGCAAUGGAAUUUCCCCACAGGUUAUGAGCAUCCUGAGUAACCCCAGCAGUGUUUCAUCACAGCCACAACACGACUUCUCCAUCUCACCACUCCACAGCACGUUGGACUCUUCAUCCAACAGUAUCUCAGCCAACUGCACUCAGCGUUCAACUGAGACUUCUAUUAAAACAGUGGACAGCAUUCCCUCAUCCCAGUCUUACUGCCCCUCCACAUACAGCACUACCAGCUACAGCAUGGACCCAGCUGUGGCAGCUGCCGGUUACCAGUACAGUCAGUAUGGCCAGACUGCUGUGGAUUACCUGGCAAAGAACGUCAGCCUUUCCAGUCAGCGCAGGAUGAAGCUGGCUGACCACUCAGCUGUACUGGGACUGUUGCAAGUCGAGACUGGCCAGGCCUACUAGCACUCGCCUAACAUAAUUAAGCAGCAUGACAAUGGGUCACCAGCACAACCCCCAUCUUUCCUACAAUGCUGGUCUUCCAGACAGCAUGCAAUAGUGUAAGUGUCUGGCACAGAUUGACAAUAUGUUGGGCUGAAAUUUAGCUUCUUUAAACUGUAUUUUAUAGGGGUGUAACGAAAUGGUCAACUCACGAAACACGAAACAGGGCUCACGAUACGAAAUACUCACAAUAUGAAAUAAAGAUUACAGAAAAUCUCCAACAGUAGGAAGUUAUGCAAAAAUCUUAUUUUCAUCAUGGGAGUUGUACUCGUCCCAGUAUACGGCGAACUGUAACGGCAUAUUUUGCACACGGUUUUUGUUUUAUCUGCAAUCUUCUCACCGUUCUCUAGUUGUUUACAUAGGAAGCCAAAAUAGGUCCACACAACCGAUUUAUUUGACGAAGGAGCAUCAGCUAAUUCCUCAACCUCGUCCUCCUCCAUUUUGAAGCGAGUGUUUUGCUAUGGUCUCAGUGGUGCGCAGCGUCACUUUGCGUUUUUUAUUUCGUGCUUUUAUUUCGUGCGUCUUUUAAUUUUAUUUUGUCUUUUUUUUUUUGGCAAAAUUUCGUGGCACGAAAUUUCAUUACACCCCUAGUAUUUUAUGUUUGUGGUUAUUCAGGGUUUAAAGUUUGAAAAAUGUUGCUGUCCAAGCUUGAAGCAUACCCCAUGGGACCAACCAAAAACACGAGAACAAUUUCAAGUGUUAGAAAUAAAACUGUGUUUUUUAGCAUCUCUUUUAAAAGAUUUUUUUUUUUUGAAUAUGCAGCAUCACAGUGUUUAACUUUACUGGACAGCUAUUCAUGAGUAAUAUAAACGACUGCCAGGCAACAAUUACUAAGCCAAUCAAUUUGAGUGUAACUUGUGACAUUAUACUUAAAAUUAAUUUCACAGAACCCAAAAAAGAUGUUUAUUAUUAAGUAAAAAUAUCUAUCAUCUGCUCCUGAGUGCUUUGACAUUGCAAGAAUGUCCACAAUGGAACAAUAGUAACAAUAACACUGUCAUAUAUAUAUAUAUAUAUAUAUAUAUAUAUAUAUAUAUAUAUAUACAUAUAUAUAUAUAUAUAUAUACAUAUAUAUAUAUACACACACACACACAUAUAUGUGUGGCUGAUGACAGAAUGCAUUUUAGGGCAAAGUUGAAACAUUUUGGAAGGGACAUGAAUGCAUUUCAUUUUCUUCAUUGAUAGUACUCAGAAUGAAACCUGUUUGCAUCCAUUGUUUCAGCAAAUUGACAUUAAAUGCAGUUGUUCAGACCAAACAUUUCCCUGAAAUUAAGCUUAAGAAUUUGCUUAAGCAAACACAAGUCACUUCCUAGUCUCCAUAAUUCAUUAGCAUACUUUUCUGAUUGUGUUGUCAGACAAGUUUUGAAUCAUGAAUGCUACCUCAUAUCUAUGUGUUGUAUUUCUGACCACAUACAGAUAGAUGGGUGGUCAGAAUUUUAAACACUGGAUUCAGCAAAAACAAUGUUCUAAGCUGCUGUCAUGAAGUAACUAGCUCAGCUAGACAGAUUGGUCUUGGCUUACUUUAUUGUUCCAAGUUUUUUUAUUUUUUUUAAACUUAGCUAGUCAGCUAAAUAUCAGCACAAAAUACUGGCAGCGAACACGGGUCGACCAAAGUACACGUGUGUCAGUAUGUCAAGAGAGAAUAACACCUCUGUACCAUAGCGACAUGGAUUAAUUCAGCCAUUCCUGAAGAAAUUACUCUGUUAUUUAGUCCCUUCCACCAACAAUGAGACCUCCUGAAGAGCUUGGCUGUAGAUGAAACUCUUGAUAAAGCAGUUGACAUUCAGUGUGAUGUUCACUCCCCACUUGGUUGGAUCCAACAACCCGGUCUCACGGGGAUUCGUGAAACUGUCACGUAAGUUUUUGUUUCGGUUUCGUGCGCACCAACACGAUUUCGUCAUGUUUUUCGUGCCGCUCACCACGAAAUGUUUUUCGUGUUGCUCACAACGAAACCCGCUGUGGUAAUCACAUCUGAAAGCGGUUUAUACCGGCGGAUUCAUGACGAUCUAAGCUGUCCAUCGGCGUAUACUGCUUGUGUGAUCGCGUUUGCGGCCGUCAGACAUUCUUUAAAUUCCUAUGCAAAAAGGUAAGUGUACCACCGGGUUAUGGUUAGGUUAUGGUUAGAUUAUGGUUAGGGUUAUCGUUAGGGACGAUGUCAUGCAAAAUAUAGCGUUGGAUUCGCCACGGUUUUACAUUAAAAAUAUAAUAUACCCAUUCGUUUGAAAUACGUUCUGAGUGGCACGAAAAGUCCGCCAUUUAAAAUACAUUGGUGCGCAUUUCGUGGUGAGCGGCACGAAAAACAUGACGAAAUUGUGUUGGUGCGCACGAAACCGAAACAAAAAUUUACGUGACAGUUUCACGAAUCCUCGUGAGAUCGGGCUGGAUCCAAACAUUUCUCCAGGCGCUCUGUUCUUCAUUUGCAUUUCUUUUAAUUCUAGUUCAUUUAAUGUCUACUCCUUGCAGUUAUCUAUAAAACACAGUCACUAGGUGGUAGAUUUGCAAUGGGUCUUGUUGAGUCAUAUAUGCAGUUACAUUUGAACUAGUUAACAACACUUGUUAACUAAAAACCAAACAAAUGUUCACAAGUCUAUGUUGGAAUCUUAAAAUGUAUUCCACAAUACAUUUCACAACUGAUUUGCAAAAAAAGUGAGUUGAGAGUUAAACCGGAGUUUAUUAUAACUUGUUGACUGUAUCAAUUAAUGAAGAUAAAUGCUGAAAUAAUGGAUUUUAUGAACCUCAACUACAGGAGGAACUAGGCCCUCACUAUUGUCUUAUAUUGGACAGACAUACCUUUACAGAACUAUAAUUUCCUCUUGAGUAUACGAUAUCAGGUUGUAGUUUAAGAAUCCAUCCUUAAUUCUGAUAAGCUCCUGUGUUGCCCCUUGUGCAUUUCUGCAGUACAUCCAGUAAAUGUUUCUCUUUUUUGGUGUUCAUUUUAACAGUAUUACACUACAUCAAUGAAAUUAAAUUUUUUGCAUACAUGUUUAAAAUUAAAACCUUACAGUAAGGCGCUUAAUGUCAUUCUUAUACAUCUAGAAAUAUCUGCAAAAAGUCUUUAUUAUUAUUGUGCAGUUCCAUUACAGAAAAUAAUUACUGAGUGAAAAUGGUAUUUAUCUAAAUAAUAAUAGAAUAGAAAUGCUCAGUGUUUUUACGAAACCGUUAUUUGAAAAAAACGGCUUCCGUUUAGCAUUUGGUAUAAAAAUUUGUGCCACUUAAUCAAAACUCAUAAUGUGGAUUUGAAACAAUUUGGCAUUAAGAAAGUAUUCAUUUACAUCAACAUGAAUUAGCAUUUUGCCAUUGAGAAAUUACAGAUUUCUGUAAUAACAACCUCAAAAAUGAUAAAGCAAUUGGUCAUACAAGUACAAACUUCAAAAUAAACCAGUUUCCUCAGGGAUUCCUUUUGGAAUGUGAAGAAAAAAAGAGGGAGGUUUGCUAGAGAAUUUAAAUCUACCUGUACUAACCAUGGGCUAUGCUCCACAUCAUUCCACUGCCUCAUGCCCUCCACAGGAACUACUGCACUGCUCAGGAGCGGAACAACUAUGCUAAAAGGAUGCCACUAUAUUGAGCUUUGUGUACUGCUUCUUUGUGGAAACCACUUAUUUGCAAAUGGGCUGGAGGACAAACAGAGACUCAACAGAAUCAUUCCAUUCAUUAACAAGCCUCGAUCAAUUAAAAUACAUCCGCUUUAAUAAAAUAGAGUUUUACAUUUUAUCUUUUACAUUUUUUCUGCUUUUGAUGGCAUUCCAGAGAGACAUACAGUGUUUAAUCAUUCUAUUGUGAAUUUUAAGAUGAUGCCAUGAAACAGAACUAAGAAGUCUGAAUUUGAUUAGUUCCUUUGCAUUCCACUGGAUAUUGGUGCCCAUGUAUUCAUAUGGCAAUCAUCAUUUUUCCCCAUCUGCACUGCUACAAGAGCCAUGAAAACCCCAUUGGACACUAAUUGUUUUAACCUUCUAUCUUGUGUAAAUAUAUUUUUUCACUGAUAGCAAACCAAGCUCAACCAAGAACAUUCAGUAUUAAAUGUACAGAUAAUGUUUUAUUCAUACCCCUCCUGUUUACUUCUUGGUCCUUUCUCUGCUUGUUUUGUUAAGUUUUGAGUUUGGCAUGUAUUUAUCUCAUCAUAGUAUAAUUUAUUCUGCCGUAUGAAGUAUUAGACUGGUGACAAAUUUAUUAUGGCAUUUACUCCCCUCAGCCUCUUGGUGUGUGUAACACUGGCGUAUCUGUUUGUUCAUUAAAACUCUACAAGUGGACCGAGA